AUGGGCAACUUUUGCGACUGCUGUGGCAUUAGGAACAAGGAGGUGUCCGGGUUGCCGGAGUACGGCAGUGGAGGUAACAACGACUACGGAUUUGCCUUUGCAAGGCAUGACCGAGCCCGCAUGGAGGACGCAGUGGCCAUCGACGAAAGCAUUGCAGGCCACAAGUGCUUUGCCGUGUUUGACGGGCAUGGAGGCGACAUGGCCGCCAAACUUGCCCAAAAGCUGUUGCCCCAGCAGCUCGAGACCAACCUUCACAAGUCAAAAGACAAGGAGCAGGCUGCCAUCGAUGCCUUCUUGGCAUCGGACCAGGAGAUGCAGAAAGAAUUGGCCAACGAGGCAAGGGUCUUUUCGACAGGGACGUCCUCCGGGACGGUCGCAUGCGCGGCACUUCUGCAAGACAAGGAGCUCAUCUUGCUCAAUCUUGGAGACUGCAGAGCUGUGGUGUGCGAAGCAGCGAAGGUAGCAGACAAGACUGCCGACCAUUCGCCCGACAAGAACAAAGAAGAGAAACAGCGCCUAGUGAAUCUGGGGGUCAACAUUGACGGAGGCUAUGUAGAUGGCCAAGUGCAGGUAUCCAGGGCACUCGGAGACGUGACGAAGAACGGCUCCAAAAUCAGUGGAUUAAUUUGCAGGCCUGAAGUCACCAUCGUGGAGGUGAAGGAUAUUACCGAAUUCGUGAUUCUUGCCACCGACGGCAUAUGGGAUGCUCUCCAAGAGCAAACAGCCGUGACUACCGCUCGCAAAGUACUCCGAGAAACGAGGUCCCCGGAAGCGGCAGCACAGGCAGUGCUGCAAGCUGCAGCUAACGUGUCUAAGGCUGACAACGCAGCCUUGAUCGUUGUGGCUUUGAACAUCCCUGAGCCGCCGGCCAAGCGCGAUCCCAAUCAGCGGCGUUUGAAGUUCGGCUCCAAAUCGGAGUGA